UAUGGAAGUGGUUGAGGAACGAACUGUAUCAUCAGUUCGAGAAAUUGCACAGCAAUUCGGUGCGUUAUACCAACCGCUGUUCGCCGUAAAGCCGGUGUCAAAGAAGAGUAUCGCCAAUAAUAUAACUACCAAAAAUGAUAGUGCGGAUGAUGAAUGUGUGAAAAAUGAGAAGAAAACAAUGACAAAGAAAUUUCACAAAUCACUUCCAAAACAUCGAAUUAAGGGAAUAAAACCAAAAACAAGCGGUGAACCGACGACCAAGUCAAAUUCUUCAACGCCGUCAGCGGAUUACUCGACCGCCACUAUUGAUAGUGAUAAGCCUGAUCAGUCGAUAAUACGUGAUAGUGAGGUGCAAUCAACUUACGGCAUUUCGAAAUUGAGCGAUAAAAAUGUCGAGAGUGAUAAAGCCAAUCGUAGCGUCGUCGAGAGUGAUAAGAAUAAAAUUAGUAAUAAUAAUGCGUUCGAUAACGAUAUGAAGGAUGACGAUCUGAAUGCUGAAAGCAAAUGCGAUACCCAAGAAAAUGAACAAUGUUUCGAGUCAAACUACGACAAUUUAAAAUGUUCUGAUGAUGUUGCCUUGCCAAUUGAUAUCAGCGAGGAUAACAGAGGCAUUACUGAGAAUCUUCAUAAGAACAAUCCAGAUGAGAGUGAAGAGGAGGAGGAGGAG